GCAGUUUUCCAUUUAUAACGAAACGCCCUUAACUUUUUAAUGUAUAAGACUUUAUAAGGAGGUUAUUUAUUUAUUUAUUUUUUACUUUUGUCCCCGAAGACGAUGCGAUGAGAAGUAAGGCGCUUGGGAGCGGGACGGUGCGGCUGGAGGCGGCGGAGGGAGAGUGGAGCAGACAGCGGAGUUUUCCGGUCCUAACCGAGGAGUCAUGCGGACAUCACGGCCGGAUCAUGAAGGGGCUCGCGUUCUUCCUCCUGCUGCCGGCGGCGCUCAAAAAGUCCAGGAAAGCUGCAAAGAGCUCCGGCAGAGCGUCGACCUGCUUGACCGCCGCCGGCACCGCGUCCCUGAGGAAGAUGAAACCCGCCGCGGAGGUGCAGGAGGUCACCGGGAAGAGCCGGAGCUCCGCACUGACUCUGCCCGAGGAGGAGAGCCGCAGCACGGCAGCGCAGAGUGACAGCACCGCACCGAGCAGCGCGGAGAACUGCGCCGGGGAAACACACGCACAGCGGGGACACACACACACCAACCUCCGCGACAGAAACGCGGUGAUGUUCAAUAACGAACACAUGGCAGAUGUGCACUUCAUCGUCGGUCCGCCAGGAGCGACACAGAAAGUUCCAGCACACAAGUACGUCCUGGCUGUCGGGAGCUCCGUUUUCAGCGCCAUGUUUUAUGGCGACCUUGCCGAGGGAGACUCCGAGAUCCAGAUACCAGAUGUGGAACCGGCUGCUUUUUUAAUCCUGCUCAAGUACUUGUACACCGAUGAGAUCGAGCUCGAGGCAGAGACCGUCAUGGGGACGCUCUACGCAGCCAAGAAGUACCUUGUGUCUGUGCUGGUUGGCGCUUGCGUGCGCUUCCUGGAGUCGAGGCUGGAGGCGGGUAACGCUUUUGCAUUGCUUUCUCACAGUCGUGCGCUGGACGAGUCCGAGUUGGUGCAGAGCUGUUGGCGGGUCAUCGACGCCCAGGCUGAGCUGGCGCUGAGAUCCGACGGCUUCCUCCAACUCGAUUGGGGUACGCUAGAGAGCGUCCUGCGACGCGACUCGCUAAACGCUAACGAAUCCUCCGUGCUGCAGGCGGCACUGGCGUGGGCUGAGGCAGAGUGCCAGCGGCGUGGCACGAGUGCCACAGCUUCGAACAAGCGAGCCGUCCUAGGUGAAGCGCUUCACCUUUUACGCCUGCCUGCCAUGACGCUAGCAGAGUUUGCUAAUGGCGUGGCACAAUUUGAAUUCCUGACUCCGCAGGAGACGCGUGAUAUCUUCCUCUGGUUCACCGCAGCUGAGAAACCGAGGCUGGAUUUUCCCGUGUCGCCGAGGACGGGGCUCGAGCCGCAGCGGUGCAGACGAUUCCGUUCCUCGGCGUUCCGAAGCAAUCAGUGGCGAUACCACGGACGAUGCGACAGCAUCAGGUUCGCGGCUGAUCGGCGCGUUUUCGUGGCCGGACUCGGACUUUACGGAUCCAGCGAACGGGAAUGCGAGUACGGCGUCCAGAUCGAGCUGAAGAGGCAAGAAGAGAUGCUUGCACAGAGGUCGACGAAGUUCGUAUCGGACGGUUCGAGUUUGGCGUUCGUCGUGUUUUUUGAGCAGCCGGUGCAGGUGGAACCGGACGUUUUCUACACGGUCAGCGCCGUUUUGGACGGAACCGAGCUUAGCUACUUCGGACAAGACGGCAUGACGGAGGUCCGCUGCGGAACAGUCACCUUCCAGUUCCAGAGCUCGUCAGACAGCACCAAUGGGACAGGGGUGGAGGCGGGGCAGAUUCCAGAACUCGUCUUCUACACGUGAAGACUUGGACCGGUCCAUUAUGGACCUGGAUUUCAGGAUUACAUAACUAGGACAUUAUGAAAUAGGACACAGAGGUACGAGUCAUUACAUUCUCUGGACUGUCGACACUGGGACAGAAACAAGGGGGGGCAAAUUCCUCAAGUUUUCUUCUACACAUGAGGAUUUGGACCAGUCCAUCUCAGAGGCUAUCUUAGAGAUGACCUGGAUUAGAGAACGACUAAUUCCAUAACUAGGACACUGGGAUGUCUGGGUGAGAUACGGAACAACGAUGGAGGGUGGGACAGAUUCCCACUUCAAGAUUCCCACUUCAGAUUCUUCUACACAUGAGGAUUUGGACUGGUCGGUCUCAGAGUAUUACUGGCGUCUAAGAAGGUUUAA